AUGAGUUUGGAAAACGGUCUGAGUAACCUGACGCUCUACGAUGCGAAAAAGUACUUCCGCAAGGCCCAAAACAUGGUGUUCAACUACACCGAAAUGGAGGCCAAGGUGAGAGAGGCCACCAACAACGAGCCUUGGGGGGCCUCCUCGACCCUCAUGGAGCAGAUUUCCCAAGGCACCUACAACUAUAGAGAGCGCGAGGAGAUCCUUGGCAUGAUAUUCCGCAGGUUCACCGAAAAAACGGCCAGUGAAUGGAGACAGAUCUACAAAGCCUUGCAGCUACUCGACUACUUGAUCAGGCACGGAGCGGAGCGUUUCAUAGAUGAUACUAGGGCCAACUUGUCUCUCAUCAAGAUGUUGGAGUCCUUUCACUACAUUGAUUCCCAGGGCAGAGACCAAGGCAUCAACGUCAGAAACCGCGCCCAUGAGUUGGUUUUGCUACUUGACGACGACGGAAAGAUUCGCACCGAGCGCAGGAAGGCAAGAGAAACGGCUAAGAAAUAUAAGGGUGUGGCGGGAGGUGCUCCUUCGUCCUACCUGCCUGCCUCUGCCGUCAAUAGGACUGCAGGCUUUGGCAGAUCCACGAAUAACGGAAUAUCUGUGAGUGCUGACUACGAUAGCGAGGAAGAAGACUACCAGAACGGCAACUCGGUGCAAAACGGGCACGACAGCAACGCAAGAGCAGCCUUCAAAGACCUAUCUCCCGCAGUUAGUGGCCUCGAAACCAGCAAACCACAAGACAACGGGGGUGACCGCGAUGAUGAUGAUGAUGAUGACUUCACGGACUUUCAAAGUUCAGCUCCGGUUGCCCAGGCAGCCCUCAAGACCACCGCGUCUACGUUGGCCGAUUUAUACUCUGGGAUACCGACGCAGCCGGCAGCCAUGGGCGCCAGCCCUUCGAUGCCUGUUCCCCAAACCAGCACACCAGCUCCUGCUCCUCAUGUGAAUGUGGCUCAAAAGAAGCCAGACCCAUUUGCGGGACUUUUUACUAGUGCCAAGGUUCACAGCAAUGACAAUAUCAAGACUAAGGUAGCAUCCAACACGCCAAAAGCUUCGACCCCUGCGUCGAACGACAACACUACUACCGCAAGUUACGCAGAAAAAGAAGGAGAAGACGAUGAGGACGAUGAUGGAUUCGGCGAAAUGACCCAAGCCGCGCCCUCCACCGCAACAACAAACGCGCAAGAAGUUGAUCUUUUGAGCUUUUGA